UAUAAACUAGAAAUAAUAGUAAUAAUAAAAGUAAUUGAUAUAACGUGACUUAAUUCGUUUAUAUACAAUGUCAGGUUAUGUCUCAGUUAAUAAUGCUGAGACUCAUUGUAAAUCACUAAAUUUAAAUGGAGCUAUGCAUGAAAAUAAAUUUGUGACAAAUGUUCACUUAGGACGUAUCACAUUCAGUCGACCAAUUGCAGAUUGGGAUUCACUGACGUCUAAACAUACUAACUCAAGCAUUAAGAAAAGUCAUUGUUGUUUGAAAUUAUCAUGUUGUAGUAAACAACAAUGGAAAUCAUAUUCACUAUACUUUAUCAAGUCUACAUUUCCAUGUAUUGAUACAUUAUUACAUUAUAACUGGCGAUCAGAUUUUUUAAAAGAUACCUCCGUUGGUCUGGCAAAAGGUGUUAUGAAUAUUCCACAAGGUAUGGCAUAUUCAUUACUCGCUGGUUUACCACCUGUUUAUGGAUUGUAUAUUGGUUUUCUAAGUCCAUUGUUCUAUGCAAUUUUUGGACGUUGUACACAAUUUUCUAUGGGUACAUUCGCUGUUGUAAGCCUAUUGAUUGUUGGCCCAAUUGAACAACAUAGUUCAAAAGUCGCAGUUAGUCAUCAUAAUUCCAUCAUAAAUUCAAACUCGACACUGGUUGAAGAUAUAAUAACUAACAAGUUGCCAUUACAAUAUUCAGAACCAAGAGCGAUUGUAGCCGUAACGCUUACUUUUCUAGUUGGAAUUAUACAACUUAUUAUUGGCUUUUGCCGAUUGGGUACAUUUACGUCUUAUUUAGCACCAUCAAUGGUAUCUGGUUACACAUCGGGCGCAGGUUUUCAUGUGUUAAGCAGUCAGAUUAGUUCAUUGUUCGGUGUGAAGUCUGCAAAGAAAGAUCAAGGACCUGGUUCAUUAUUUAUGGUCUAUGUGAAUUUGUUCAAAAAUAUACGUGAUUCAAAUUUGUUCACACUACUUAUAUCUGUUGCAUCGAUUGCGUUUUUAAUGAUGAUUAAAUUUUGUGCUGAACCCCUUUUGAAACGAUAUAUAGAUUUGAAGAUUCCAAUACCUAGUGAAUUGAUUUUGGUUGCUUUAGGCACUGUAAUUUCAGGUACAUUGAAUUUGCACUCUACUAAGAAUGUUUCAAUUGUAGGAUAUAUUGCUAGCGGAAUGCCACAGGUAACAGUACCAUAUUGGAGCAUAAUUCCAGAUUUACUUCCAGAUGCUAUUCUAAUUGGAUUUGUUAGUACGUUCCUGUCAGUUUCCUUAGUUAAAUUAUUCUCUUUAAAGUACAGAAAUAAAGUAAAUUUUAAUCAUGAAAUCUUAUCACUCGGUAUUAUAAAUACAUUCACAUCAUUUUUCUCUUGUUUCGUUCAAUCUGGUAGUCUUUCUCGUAGUAUGGUAUUAGCGGGAACAAAAACCAGGACACCGCUAUCAGGUAUAUUCAGUUCAGUAUUGAUUGUAUUUGUACUAUUAUAUUUGGGCCCGUAUUUUGAAGCAACUCCAUCAUGUAUUUUAUCUGCUAUAAUUGUGGUGGCAUUGAAAAAUAUCUUGACACAGCCGAAGAAACUGCCCUAUCUAUGGAAUACUUAUAAACCAGAUUUUUUUCUAUUCACCGUAACAUUUUUGGGAACUCUCAUACUUGAUGUAACUUAUGGUCUGUUAGUUGGUCUAAUCUCUUGUCUUAUUGUAUUAACGGAAAGACAGCGAAGCAUCAAACUACUGGAAUUGUGCAAUAUCUCAGGCACAGAACUUUAUGUCCAUAAACAUUAUGAACUAUUAACCAAAACACAAAUUGAUCAAACUCAAUCUGAUUAUCUAUUGUCAUCGAUCAAAGCAAUACGUGUUCUAGGUUCAUUGAAUUUUUCAUCAGCUGAAAACUUCACAGAACGUAUUUACAAAACAAUUAAUAAUAUGAUGUUAGAUGAAGAUUUCAAUUAUGUUAAUAAUAAUGUAUCAAUUCAUCACAAUACAAUGAAUGAUACCAUACAAUAUGAAUAUCGUAAUCAUUGUCAAUUAAGUGAAGUAUCUAUGAAUACAAAAGAUAAUAAGAAUAAUAUUUAUGAACUUGCGAAAAAUUUAGAUGAGAGAAAUGGAACAAAAUCCGAUGUUAAUUACUCAUUGAGAAAUAGCAAUGUUGUCAGUAAAUCAAGUGAUAUACUCAGGUCAGAAAAAUGUAACUUGGCUCAUCGUCAAACUGAAGCAAAUCGACCUCCGUUACAUGUUGACCUGCAUGACUUUCUAAUGAGGCACGGUGGGGCAAAAUUACGAAGAUUCCUACUGUUGGACAUAUCUGGAAUUACUCACAUUGACCCAGCUGGGGCUGCUGCACUCACUGAAAUACAACGAAAUUUAUUUAAAAAUAAUCUCUAUGUGAUUCUAUGUGGAGAUCCAACUCCAUUCAAAUGUUUAUCUACAUGUGAUUGGAAUGUCUGUCCUGGAUUGAAAUCAAUCUACCCGACAUUAUAUGAUGCUGGAGCUGUUUGUGUUAAGUUGCUUUGUCAAGAUGAAUCAAAUUCAAGGAGAAGUUUAGAAUCACGGAUAAAUGAUACAAAUAGUGAAUAAAUGAAUAAUAUCAUCAAACGGUCAAUGUUGGAACACUAUUGAAAACCCUGAAGCACUAGACAGCCGUUUCGUCCUACUAUGUGACUCCUCAGCAGUGAUUGUUUAGUUUCCCGUCAGUUAAAUCAUCAACCUAUUUUCAUUUUAUUUCCAGUGGCAAUUCUUUAUUAUUGAACACAACGGUCAUAUGCUCACAUAUAUCCAUUGAUUGUGGAUUGACGAGACAUUUUAACCAGCAAGUUGCAUUUUAAUCACUAACAAAAUGAGCGAUAUUUUAGGCUGGUGAUAAAUACACUCGUAUGCUUAGCUUUUACCAUUAAGUUGUACAUCUGUAUUCUAGAAAGACGUGUGAAAUCUGACCAAUUAAAAAUGAUGACAAUAUUCAUUUUCAUAACAUUCUGCCUAUACUUGCUAGGCAGUCACGGAGAUCUGCUUCACUGACCUAAAAGGUGUUGAAAGUGAUGAAAAAACAGUAAAUCGGCGCAGUCUUUUUCAUCAAAAAUAUUGAUCCAUUUAGUUCGUAUGUGAUUUAUUGCGCUCUGAGGUUGAUUCACUUUUGCACUCCAGUCAUUAGCAUCAAGGUAAGUCGUUUAAAUAGUAAAUGAGUGUUAAACAUUAUUCACAACUACUUUCCAUAUACCGGAUAAUACGGAGGUAGAAGAGAUGACUAGCCAUAUUGCAUGGCUGACGUUUGGGAAAUAAUCAAUACUUUUAACAGCGAAAGACAAUAGUAUUUAAUGCAUUAAGUCAGUAAGUAAAAAUGUUCGAACUCUGAAACUGUAAGCUGGCCUGAAAAAAGUGGAUUCAUAGUCUACAAUUCAUGAUUGGCUCAACUACAUGGCUGAAAUGGACUCUAUUUCAAAUGUGACGUUUUGAAUUAUACUUUACUUGAUAUAAAACUGAUUGUCUAAAUAAGGUCAAAUCAUGAUGAAGACUAUGAACAUCCAAUAAUUUUCACAAGCACCUCAAACUAAAAAGAAUAUUGUGACGGAUUUCAAGAUGUAAUUCCAGAAGUGCGAAUGAAAUUUCGUGGCUAUUGUAGAUCAGGCAAGUCGAGUUUGAAGCAUUUAUCCACUAACAUAAAUAAAAUUUUAUUUCGGGACAUCUCAGAUUGACUGAAAUCGGACACAUAAACCAUUAGAUCCUGACUCAGUAGAUUUAAUAUUAAGAUCUCGCUGUAGAUCCGAAGAUCUUGGAUUCGAUCCCCCUGAAGAGGUGAUGUAUGCGCACAGCUAAGGAAUGCCAUACUAGGACGAAAUGGAUGUCUACUACUUUCUGGUUCACUGGUUGUCUAACCGCAAUCAAUCCAGAAAAAACUCGCUAACAACAAAUAACACUUAAUACGAAUCCUUAGAAUGACGAAACAUUGAAAACAAACAGAUCAAUCAACUCAUUUAUUAUUUAAGUAGUAACUAUGUGGUUUAAAAAGAAUAAAUUUAAAGAAUGUGCAAAUAGACUAUAAUAGUUAAUGUUAUUGCAAAGCAAACUUACUCAGUGCUUAUCAAAAUGAGAAGAAUCAACUGUCCAGUUUUCUAAUGAUUCACGGAACUUAACCCUAUAUUGUGCUAUAAAUACCAUUGCAAAUAAUUUUAUGCCCUUAAUGUGAUUUAUGGUAGAUCAUGCUGGCAACAUGGCUGGUCUAGUUGUCAUGAUGGAUUGCUAAAAUAUUAGAAGAUAUUAGUCUAACUCUUCAAACGAAAUGUUAAUUUCUUCGAUACACUCGAUAAAAUGAACUGUAACAAGCUUUAUGAACAGGUUGUCUCUACUUAAUACAACCUUUUACUACAAACAAUAUGACCUAAUUUCAUCUCAUAAACGUUUCGUAAAGCUUCAUAUAAAUAAUUAAUUUUAAUAAAUGAAUUAUGAAUUCCAGGUACUUGUAUUUCUUCACUGUAAAUAUUUAA